UCUUGCUCGCGUGGAACAUUUCCCUUAAAACAAACAAACGAACAAUACAUACGAAUAAUAAAGAGAUUGAGAGAACGAAAGCUCUCUUUCUCAGAAAAUACUCCCUCACACACACACCAUCAAGAACAAAGAAAACAAACAAUCUACGUUGAGUGAAAGAAUAAACAACGAAGUAUCAAAUCUUUGUUAUUCUUCAGCUGCCCUUAUCUCCUACACAGAGAUCUUGUCCCCCUACAAUGCCUUCUUUGUUGUAGCGGACAAGGUAAUCUCUACUUCACGGAUUUUACAUAACUUUUUAUUUUUUGAAAGAAAAUUUUUGGCUUAGUUUUCUUUUUUUUUUUCCCCCUUUUCCAUUUAGUCUUUGAAUCCAGCUGCUUUUUCGUUUUUGAUUGAUACCCAUUUACACUUUGGAACUUGAAGAAAAAAGGGAUUCCUCUUAUAUUCCCUUUAUAUUCCUUCUUGCUGUUCUACAAGUUUCUUAAGAGCUACUCUUUCUGGUUUUGUUCCUUCUUUUACCAUUUUUGUACUUUCUCAAAACUGAAUUUUUUGGGUUUUUGUUUUGUUGGGAGCUGAAUAUCUGCUUAGCGACUUUGGUGUAUUUUCUAGGGUUUGCUCCUAUCGUAAUUGGGAACUCAUUGAAUUUUGAUGAUUUCUGGACUGAUUAGGGUUUUGAUUCUGGAGCAAAGUGGACAAUGGGCUAUCUUUUAAGGGAUUGGAAUUCUGGGGUGGGCAGUUUGCAAGCUCUGUUAUCGAACUUUAAGAUUGAAUAGGGUGAUCGUUAAGAUUGUUAAUCUGGGGCAUGGAAGAGGAUUGCAUAUACAGGAUUGUGUGACGGUGAUAAAAAAUUUGGUAUUUUGUUUUUCUGGAGGAUAAAGGUUUUGGGACUUGGUUGCUUUGCGUUUUUACAUUUUCAACUAUGGGAUGAUCUGGGUAUUUUCUUUUGGUUAUAAGGACAAGGAGGUUAUGGUUCUCUGUUGGCCAGAAAGCUACACAGAUCAGAUUGUAGUGGAGCAUUUCGUUUCUCAAUAAACCUUUUGGGUUUGACGUAGUUGAGCUAAGUUCUUGAGCUAGGAGAAUCUUGUCCAAAGUUUUUUUUUUGUAAAUCUGGAUGUUCUGGAACUAUCACAGUGUAGUGUUAAUACUAUAGUAGGUUUAAUUUAGUGGAAGUGGUGCUGACCUUUGAUAUUAACUGUGUUUCUCAAUGAGUUCUGUUCCCUGGGAGAAUUUUGGUGAAGGAUGCUAAAGGAUUGGUGGAUUUUGGUAUUUCUUUUACUGGAAGUUGAUCAAGAAGCUCAUACAGCAGUGUUGAAGCAGGAAACAGAUGCGGGGACAUGGUGCAUGGACAGGAGCAUAGUUACUGUUUCGUUCCCUUUUUGGAACAGUGCUACUGCAAAGUAAUACAAUCAUUUUCUUUUGUGGAAGUAACUUGUGUUUUGUAUUCUGAGAUUUUUCUGCACAAUGUCGCGUUGCUUUCCAUUUCCACCACCAGGAUAUGAAAAGGCUAGGAGAGACGAUGUGGACUUGCUAAAAAAGGAAAGGGACAGAGAGAAGAAGCUUAAGAAGGAGAAGAAGAACGAAGGCAAAGAUAAAGAAAAAAAGGAAAAAGAUAGAAGUGAUGGAAAGCAUAGGGAUAAGAAAGAGAAAAGAGAAAAACACAGAGACAAAAAGGAGAAGGACAGAGAUAAGGAUAAAGACAAAAUUAGUGUCUCAGAUGAGAAGAGGCUUUUGGGGAAAUCUGAGCACAACAACGAAGAAAAAACCCCAGAUGAGAAGAAACCUCCUGGAAAAUCUGAGUUUAACAGUGGAGAAAUAUUCAUCCAAAAGGGGAAGGAAAGGGGCGUAGAUAGAAAAAGUUUAUCAGGCGAAAAGAAAUUUGCUGGUGAAUUUUCAGGUUACAGUGAAAGGGUCUCUCAGAACAGCUAUCUCAUUGAGCAGCCAUCUAGUUCUGUACAGGAGGUGGACAGGAGGACCCCAGAUGAAGCCAGAGGAAGUAGGAAACAGUUGAUUGAUAAGUUCAUUAGCGUGAACUCAAGAAAUGAUGAGGGAAUGGUCGGUUUGGUGGCCAAGGCUACUGGGACUUUGGCUGAUAGCAAGGCAAAGAACAAGAAAGGCGAUGAUAGAAAGUUUGAUGGGCAAGGAAUCAGGGAUGAGUCAAGAUUUUCUGGAAAGGCCAUUGCUCAGAGCUUUCCUGGAACUGUUCAGACUAGAAUUGAUAAAACACCAACAAGACCACCGGAGAAAGAUAUUGAGAAAAGGAUUGAUGGGAAAGACAAGAGCAAACAAAAAGAAGGUGAUGAUAUCCGUGGGGAUAAACAGAAGGAUAAAGUCAAGGGAAUAGAAAGCCAAGGGAAGGACAAAGAAAAGAAAAAGGAGGAGAAAGUAAGGGAGAAAAGUGAACAUAAUGUAAAAGCGCCAGAUAAAUCAAAAGGAAACAAUAAGGUUGACCUUAUAGGUAUCCAUAAUGCAAAAGCCUCUCAUCUUCCCAAGGAGAUCACUGUGAGUGGUCUCAAUGGAGGGAAUCCAAGGAAACGAAAGGAAUUAGACACAAACGGAUUCUUUAAUGCUAAUGGCAUUAAGCCCAGUAAGAUGCCAAGACCAGAUUCCUCUCACCCAUUCAUUCAGAAUGGGAAGAUGUUGGAAACUGCUGGAACUUCCAUUGCAUCUGUAUCAGAUAGGCAAGGGGCAGUCAAUAAUAUUAAGGUCGAUGCUAAAGAACGCAAGAUAAAUGGUGUAAUAGCAACUCGGGCAUUAUCCAUCUCCUCAACAGCACAGCGACCAUCCAUGCCUACAAGUGCACAUGCUGAUCAAAUUGUUAAAGUGUCCAGGAAACCCCAUCCUGAUUCCAAAUAUCUAAGUGAGGUCCUUAUGGUGCCCAAAAUGGAAGAAUGGUGUGAUUUUGACGAACAGGAAUGGCUUUUCCAAGGUAGAGAUUCUCGAUCAAAAAGGCCCAGGAUUGGUUCUUUGGUGGUUGAUGAGACACCCCAAGUAUGGUCAGAAGCUCUACAGAUAGAGUCGGCUGAUGUAUGUGCUCUGCCAUAUGUAAUUCCAUACUGAUUGGCAUACUAUGGACUCUGGUAAACCAUCUUGUUCCGCCUGAUGUGGUGGACCAUCCAAGGGACAGCUCGGGUGUUGAAAAGCAACAUUCGGCGCUCGCCACUCGGGCUAGUUAUUUGAUUCUGUUGCUGCUUCUGCUGAUUUUGCAGUUUACGAUCUUCUGACUGCCUCAGUUUUGCAGCAUUGCUGAAUGAAAAAUGAUAUAAUGCAGUUCCAGGAGCACAUCCUAAGAAAAGCUAUGAUUGGAAGGAGGGGGCAGGUUUUGGCACUGCAUGCGGUACCACUAAUUCAUUCUAAAUGGAAAUUUGAUAAAGGCAACUGAGUGGAGUUGCUUGCAAAAGGGUGAUUCAUAAGCUUGUGCAAUUUUAUUUUUAUUUGCUUAAAGCUAAGUUCUCUUUCUAAUUGAGAAUGUAAGAGAAAACUAGCUGUGCAGCUCCACCAAAAUUUUGGUUUGUAACAUAGAACUACUCUUAUUUAACCAGAAAUGUAAGAUAGAGGAAAAAGAAAGGUAGUUGAAUUCAAUUUGUUCACCUCUUCUGUAACUGUUCAUAAUCUUUUACCACUUGGGGAACUGUAUAGACAUGGGUCCUCAGUUAAUUAUUUCCUCUUUUGUUGCUUUUGAUUCUAAGCA